AUGUUGUUCCCAGGACUACAGAAAAUUUUUGGGCGCUGUGCACUGGGUGGUGACUUCUCAAAGGGAAAUGGUACUGGUGGAGAAAGUAUCUAUGGCGGGAAAUUUUCAGAUGAGAACUUUAAAUUGAGGCAUGAUGGACCGGACAUACUUUCUAUGGGAAAUAGUGGCCCAAACAUGAACAGUUCUCAAUUUUUCAUUACUUAUAAGAGUCAACCUCACCUAGAUGGUUAUAUUUUCAAGAGUUCGGAUAGCGGAAGUGAUUCUGAAAUUGAAAGUAGCAGAAGCAGCAAUUCUGAAGACAAUCAAGUUGAUCGUGUUCUCUCUCGUCAAAUCAACAAUUCUACUAUACCUGAAAAGUCAAUGUUGAAUAUUGAUAUGCUUUCUCCUAUGCAAUCAUCAUAUGGACGUCGGAGAAGUAGAAGUAGGAGCAGAUCUCGGAGCAACCCAAGAAAUUAUCAUGGAAGAAGGAACAGAGCUCGCAGCAGGAGCCAGAGCCCUCCUAUACAAAGUCCCAGUCCAAAAGACAAGCGACCUCCUGUUAGUGAGGGUUUGAGAACACGUCUUGGCCCUCGAAUUGAUGAUGACAAUUCAGGUAAGAAAGGAAGACUGAGGUCAAGGAGCAGGUCAUCAGCUUCUCUUUCGAAAUGGUAG